AUGCAAUUCAAACCAUUCCUCGCCAUCGCUGGCCUCCUAGCAUCUCUGGCAGCUGCCAAUCCUAACCCUCAACCCCCAGAACAGACCACAGCCGCUGUCCAAGCCUUGGAAUCCUACGUCGAAAUGGUGGCAACUCAGGCGGAUUUCUUGUCCAUCCUUUCCUCCAUCUCCACCGACACGGCUGCUCUCGCCAGUGUUACAGAUUUCGAGGCAUCGGUUUCCAGGCAGCUGAGAGCAGGCCAAACCGUGGGUUCCAACUGCCUCGACGAGUUGCCGAGCGGAAUUCGGCCGUUCUUUGUUAGUGUUGUCAGUCAAGAGUACGCGAUCUUGGCUAGCAAUGGGUUCACGAGUCUCGCGAACCAGUUACAUGCUACUGCCACCAGUGCCACUCUUAAUACUGCACCCGAGGGAGACUGGUGGGCUGAAGCACGCUGGUGCUGUUGCUGUUGGACUUGUGGGUGCCGUGAUGGCUUUGUAAUGUUUCAGUGGUAA